GAAAAAGCGCCUCAGCCCGCGGCGCCUGCGCAGAAGGGUCUAGACGCUGUGAAGCAGGAGGCACUUGGGAUCGUCCGCAGGAUUGGGACUGCUACAGAGGCCGCCACGGAGCCCGCCGGAGCCACCGUUCCUACUGCUGCUGCUGCCGCUGCCCGAGUCGGAACUGUCGGGCCGCAGCCGCCGGCAAUGCCGCGAAGGAAGAGGAAUGCAGGCAGUAGUUCAGAUGGAACCGAAGAUUCCGAUUUUUCUACAGAUCUCGAGCACACAGACAGUUCAGAGAGUGAUGGCACAUCCCGGCGAUCUGCCCGAGUUACUCGCUCUUCAGCCCGGCUGAGCCAGAGUUCCCAAGAUUCCAGUCCUGUUCGAAAUUUGCAAUCUUUUGGCACUGAGGAGCCUGCUUAUUCUACCAGAAGAGUGACCCGUAGUCAGCAGCAGCCUACCCCGGUGACUCCGAAAAAAUACCCUCUUCGGCAGACUCGUUCGUCUGGCUCAGAAACUGAGCAAGUGGUUGACUUUUCAGAUAGAGAAACUAAAAAUACAGCUGAUCAUGAUGAGUCUCCACCUCGAACUCCAACUGGAAAUGCCCCUUCUUCUGAGUCUGAUAUAGACAUCUCCAGCCCCAACGUGUCUCAUGAUGAGAGCAUUGCCAAGGACAUGUCCCUGAAGGACUCAGGCAGCGAUCUCUCUCAUCGCCCCAAGCGCCGUCGCUUCCACGAAAGCUACAAUUUCAAUAUGAAGUGUCCUACUCCAGGCUGUAACUCUCUAGGACAUCUUACAGGAAAACACGAGAGACAUUUCUCCAUCUCAGGAUGCCCGCUCUAUCAUAACCUCUCAGCAGAUGAAUGCAAGGUGAGAGCACAGAGCCGGGAUAAGCAGAUAGAAGAGAGAACGCUGUCCCACAGGCAAGAUGACAACAGGCACGCAACCAGGCACCAGGCACCAACAGAGAGGCAGCUGCGAUAUAAGGAAAAGGUGGCUGAACUCAGGAAGAAAAGGAAUUCUGGGCUGAGCAAAGAGCAGAAAGAGAAAUACAUGGAACACAGACAGACCUAUGGGAACACUCGGGAACCUCUCUUGGAAAACCUGACUAGCGAGUAUGACUUGGAUCUUUUCCGAAGAGCACAAGCCCGGGCUUCAGAGGAUUUGGAGAAGCUAAGGCUGCAAGGCCAAAUCACAGAGGGGAGCAACAUGAUUAAAACAAUUGCUUUUGGUCGUUAUGAGCUUGAUACGUGGUACCACUCUCCCUAUCCCGAAGAAUACGCGCGCCUGGGACGGCUCUACAUGUGCGAAUUCUGUUUGAAGUACAUGAAGAGCCAAACGAUACUCCGCCGACACAUGGCUAAAUGUGUGUGGAAACACCCACCUGGCGAUGAAAUCUAUCGGAAAGGCUCCAUCUCCGUGUUUGAAGUGGACGGCAAGAAAAACAAGAUCUACUGCCAAAACCUGUGCCUGCUGGCCAAGCUUUUUCUGGACCACAAGACGUUAUAUUAUGAUGUGGAACCCUUCCUGUUUUAUGUUAUGACAGAAGCGGACAACACCGGCUGUCACCUGAUUGGAUAUUUUUCCAAGGAAAAGAAUUCAUUCCUCAACUACAACGUGUCGUGUAUCCUCACCAUGCCUCAGUACAUGAGACAGGGCUAUGGCAAGAUGCUCAUCGAUUUCAGUUACUUGCUUUCCAAAGUGGAAGAAAAAGUCGGCUCCCCGGAACGUCCCCUCUCCGACCUGGGGCUCAUAAGCUAUCGCAGUUACUGGAAAGAAGUGCUUCUCCGUUACCUGCAUAAUUUCCAAGGCAAAGAGAUUUCUAUCAAAGAAAUUAGCCAGGAGACAGCUGUGAAUCCUGUGGACAUUGUCAGCACUCUGCAAGCCCUUCAGAUGCUCAAGUACUGGAAAGGAAAACACCUAGUUUUAAAGAGACAGGACCUGAUUGACGAGUGGAUAGCCAAAGAGGCCAAAAGAUCCAACUCCAAUAAAACCAUGGAUCCAAGCUGCUUAAAAUGGACCCCUCCCAAGGGCACUUAAAGUGACCUGUUACUCUGAGCCAGCGAACCCCAGCAGUAGGAAUCCGUACCCUAGGGAUCUGUCUGUCAUUUCUGUUGCUCUUGUGAUUGGCAAGUACAGUAUCCUUUGGGAAGGCCAUCCCCCUCAGGACUGUCCUGGCUCCGACCCUCGUGUUCACUGCAGACGCUGGUUCUGAGGAACUGCUGUUUCGGCCUCAGUGAGGUUGCCUGGAUGGGAUCUCUGUUAGACUUGAGAGCAGAUCCCUCGUAGCACUGACCCAAGGUGUUCUGUUUGGUACUGUACCUGUCCAGUCACUGGUUCUCCUCAUGUCCUCUAGCCCCACGAGGUUGUGUUGUGUCUUCUAAACUUUGUACUAGUGCUUCUUGCUGCCGGGUCACCAGACUUCCAGACCAUGGUUUGCCACCACCAGGACCUUUCCAGUUCCUCCUUACAUGUGGUUUUUUGGGGGGUGGGGGGAGAGCAGGGAAGAGGUAACAUUUCUGACUCUGUGUACUGGGUGGGGUCCAUUCCCUUCGGAUUUUAGCUCACUUUAAAUUUUUUUUCCACCAUUUUUAUUGAAAGAGGCCGGGUUUUGAUCAGUGUCAAGCUUACAAGAGACCAGUAUUUUUUUAGCCUCUCCCAGGGACUCGUCUUGGCAACUGCACAUAAUUUAUCCGAAUGAAAUGGAGAGGAGAAUUGACAGGUGGUGAUUCUGUUCUUUGAUUUGAGUUUACCGGUGGGCUGCGUGUUGGUGGAAGGGAACGAGUCCUUUUUUGCCUCACCAAAAAGUGCCCAGCCCUAAAUGUUUUCCUCUCUUGUGAUCCCCUGCCCCUUUUGUCAUUUGCAGGGGCCAAACAGUGUCCGGUUCUCCCUCUCAUGCUGCAUGCUGACCAGUUCAUUAGACUGCAGAAACUCCCCCCUCCCCGCGCCCCCCUCCUCCCAUACCUGUCGCUCGGAUCUGGCACACCUGUAUUUCUGCCUCAGUUGCAUUGACUUCCGGCUCUCCUCUCAGCCCUUGACUCCGCAAGGCAGAGUGCCACAGCCACCCCCCACCCCCACCAGCAUUUGCUUCUCCCACCGCGCCUCACCCUCCCUUGAACCAAAGUGCUCCUGCCCUUCCAAGAACUCCUCCAUUUCCUUUUUGGGAUUUGACACCGUUCCUCGCCCGGGUCUCUGCUCUCCUAUUUUUGGUCUCAAGCAAAGGAAGAGCUGCUCCCUCUAAUUUCUCCAGCUCAUUAUAACCCGCUAUCUUGGGGCAGCUCUGGAUGUAGGACAUGUGCUCCCCUUCCUGACUUGGUCUCCUCCAACACUGCUGUCCGAGUGUGGAGCCCUCCCCACGGUCCCGACUCUGGUCAUUUGUGCCUUUCUCUCGUCCUCUCUGUACACUACUUAUACUCACUGUGGGUUGGGGGGAGCUCCUUUUAAGCAUGUUCAGUGGCAGCUCCCUGCCAGUUUCAGUGUCACUGUUAACGUUUAUCCAAAAGCAACUUCACUGCGGGUUUUCUUAAGGGGUAAAGGUCUUUGACCGAAGCUAACCCUUCCCCACAUGUGGUAGAAUGUGCUGUUCUCUAUCUACUCCUCAAUAAAGCAUGUUCUCUGCUCAA